AUAGGGUAAAGACUAGCAAACUUAUGCCAUGCAGGAGAUUUGUUUGCGUUUCAUGGCAGCUUCGAAGGGACAGCCUGGGCAGAGCCCUGCCCGGCAGCCUCAGACUUGUGCGCUCAACAAGAAGGCCACACUUAUGUGAGCACAAAUAAGAGUUGCCGGAGCCGGUACAUGCUCCGGAGGCGGCGAACGGCUCAGGAGACGGGAUGACUCAGUAUAUGCGAGUCUGUUAAGUGGCUUAUUGCAUCUGACCCAUCUAUGAGCAGCCUUAUCAGAUGCAUCUUACUGCUGCACUGAUGACCAGAUACAUGCGUGGCAGGAGUGAAGCAGAAGUGAAUGUGGGAUGCGGAGCGGCGGCUUCCCGGGAGUGGAACUAGCUGGAUGUUCUCAGAGUGUCGCACCGAGGCUGAAGAUAUCUGCUGCGCUGGUGAUGUUCAGCCCGUCCUCUGCUGUGAACCCGUGCACCUCCCCACGGGUGCCCCAGACCGCCCCCAUGGACCUGCGUAUCGGGCAGCGCGUCGUCAAGCCCGGCUCUGACACCACCUUGCUGGCCCUGAAGCACACGCAGCAGCUGCAGCACCAGCUCUUCCUCGCCAGCCUGCACCAGCAGCAAGUGGAGCAGCUCGCCCACCAGCACGUGAGGGUACGGGCACCCCGGGGUGCAGGGGCAGGACCUGCACCCGCUUUCCAUAGCAGUUGGGUGACCAUGGAGUCCCCGCACCGCGAAGCCGAGCCUGGGCAGCAGGAGCAGGAGCUGCGGCAGAUCCUCAACAAGGACAAGAGCAAGCGAAGUGCUGUGGCCAGCACAGUGGUGAAGCAGAAGCUGGCUGAGGUCAUUCUGAAGAAGCAGCAGGCAGCUUUGGAGAGGACCAGCAACCCCAACCCUUCAGCCAUGCCGUACAGGUCUCUGGAGCCUCUGGAUCCCGAGGGCCCUUCCCCUCCUGUGCUCAGCACCUUCUUGCCCCCUGUCCCCAGCACUUCUCUUGAACCCCCAGAGCAUUUUCCACUGCGGAAGACAGCGUCUGAGCCCAACCUGAAGGUGCGUUGCAAGCCCAGGAAGUGCCUCGACCGACGCAAGAACCCCCUGACGCGGAAGGAGAGCGCUCCUCCCUCCUUGAAGAGGCGGCCGCCCGAGGCAAUUGACUCCUCCCCGAGCAGUAGCAGCACCCCCGUGUCCGGCUGCAGCUCGCCCAACGACAGCCUCCCCGCCGAGCACGGAGCCCUUCCUGCUGCCUCCGGCAUGGCCCACGAGACGCCCCUGGCCCAGCGCCUGAUGAUGCAGGAGAGCUCACUGGCCCAGUUUGCCCUGCAGAGUGCAACCUCCCUUCCGGCCAUCACACUGGGAUUGCCGGCUACCACUAGCGCCAGGGGAGAGGCAGAUCGCCGCCCCCUCUCCGGCCUGGCACACCGGGUGCCCGUGCUGAACGGACCCGUCCUCACAGGCACGCACUCGCCCAUGUUCAUACCAGCUGGCUUGGAGCAGCACGAGGCUGGGAGCCCCUUAUCCCCUCGGCUCCAGCCCGUCAUCAUCCUCGAGCCCUCGGUCACCCACACUCCGCUGGUGGCAGUGCCAGGUCUGGGAACGGUCCCCAUCUCCUUCGCCCCCUCACUCAUCUCGGCAGAGCGCCUGUCGCUCCCAGGACACCAUAAACCGCUGGGCAGGACCCGCUCGGAGCCGCUGCCCCAGAACCCCAAGGCCAUCCAGCAGCAACUGGUGUACCAGCAGCAUCACACCCAGUUCCUGGAGAGACUCAAGCAGCAGACGCAUCUGGGCAAGCGCAUGGCUAAAUCCAGCGAGAAGCCCCGUCUGCGGCAGAUCCCCUCCUCGGAGGACAUGGAGGCUGAGGGGACGCUCCCAGAGGCCGGGGCUGAGAGCAGCGACCCGGCGAGGGCACGCGUGGAGCCCACACGGCCGGGGAGUAGCGUGAAGGAGCCCGAGAGGACGCAGAAGAUGAUGCAGCCUCAAGAGGAGCUUGUCCUGCAGCAGGCGUACCUCUGGGAUUCCUACCAGCGCGUGCAGCAGCAGCUCCUCAAGCGGCAACCCUUGGCCGACUCCCCCAUGGUCCCCACCAUCCAUGCGGGGCACAGGCCCCUCUCCAGGGCCCAGUCAUCUCCUGCCACCGCCACCAUCUCCCUUCCUGCCCAGGACACGGCCUCCAAGACGCUCUCCCUGCCGGUGCAGGAGCAGCCAGCCAAGCCGCACUUCACAACAGGGCUGGUUUACGACUCAGUGAUGCUCAAACACCAGUGCUCCUGCGGCGACAACAGCAACCACCCAGAGCAUGCGGGCAGGAUCCAGAGCAUCUGGUCCCGUCUGCAGGAGAGAGGGCUGCGCAGCCAGUGCGAGUGUCUGCGGGGACGCAAGGCCACCCUGGAAGAGCUGCAGUGUGUCCAUACGGAGCGCCACGUCUUCCUCUACGGCACCAAUCCCCUCAACCGCCUGAAACUGGACAACGGGAAGCUGGCAGGGAUCCUGUCGCAGCGGAUGUUCGUCAUGCUGCCCUGCGGAGGGGUGGGGGUGGACAGUGAUACCAUCUGGAACGAGCUGCACUCCUCCAACGCUGCCCGCUGGGCUGCGGGCAGCGUCACUGAGCUGGCCUUCAAGGUGGCCACCAGGGAGCUGAAGAACGGCUUUGCUGUCGUGCGGCCACCCGGACAUCACGCAGAUCCUUCCACCGCCAUGGGAUUCUGCUUCUUUAACUCGGUGGCCAUUGCCGCCAGGCAGUUGCAGCAGAAGGGGAAGCUCAACAAGAUCCUCAUUGUGGACUGGGAUGUUCACCACGGCAAUGGGACCCAGCAGAUCUUCUACAGAGACCCUGACGUUCUCUACAUCUCUUUGCAUCGUCAUGAUGAUGGCAACUUCUUCCCCGGCAGCGGGGCCGCAGACGAGGUUGGUGCUGGCCCCGGCGAGGGAUUUAAUGUCAAUGUAGCCUGGACUGGAGGGCUCGACCCCCCGAUGGGUGACCCUGAGUAUCUGGCUGCUUUCAGGACGGUGGUGAUGCCAAUUGCACACGAAUUCUCACCCGACGUGGUGCUGGUGUCGGCCGGCUUCGACGCGGCUGACGGCCACCCGCCACCCCUGGGCGGCUACAAAGUCUCUGCUAAAUGCUUUGGCUACAUGACGAAGCAGCUGAUGAGCCUGGCUGGUGGAGCCAUCGUCCUCGCGCUAGAAGGUGGCCAUGACCUAACGGCCAUCUGCGAUGCAUCCGAGGCCUGUGUGUCAGCCUUGCUGGGCAACGAGCUGGACCCUCUCCCAGAAGAAAGCAUGAGGCAGAAGCCAAACGCCAACGCUGUGCGCUCCUUGGAAACGGUGAUCCAGGUCCAGAGUAAAUACUGGGUGGCCGUGCAGCGCUUUGCCUCCAAGCUGGGCUGCUCCUUCCUGGAGGCGCAGCACCACGAGGCAGAAGAGGUGGAGACGGUCACAGCCUUGGCCUCCCUCUCGGUGGCCGUGAUGGUGGAGAAGAGGCCACAGGACGAGCCGAUGGAGGAAGAGGAGCCCAUGAACCAGUGACGAGCAGUGACAUUUUUCUGCUCCCCUGCUUCCAGGAUGUGGCUGGACUCUCCUGAGCCCAGCGCUCGCUCUUCACUCCUGGCUUCCCGUUUGCCACGUCAUCCUCACUCCCCGAGUCACGGUCCUGAAAUGGCCUGGACCUUUGGCUGCCGCCUCGGCAGGUCUCCCAGAAAGGAUGCUCCUGCAGCCACCGGGAAGAUGUCUUCCUGCUCGGGACCGAUGGAAAACCACAGACUCCCUCUGCAGGGCAUGGCCUUGCGAACCUAGACCGUGCGUGCUAUCAGUCCCCAACCUUCGGGACCUGCAGCCCCUCUGGGGACACGCGUGAGAGGCCUCCACCCCUCUGGCUGCGCUGGCAGCCCGACGCAGACCUGCCCUCCUCCUGGGAUCUUCCUCACCCUUGGGGAAAGGGGGUGGGUGUUGGGAUGGAUGUUGUGGCCAAGCUGCGGGUGGUUAGAGCCGCCUUCGGGACUGCACCGAGAGCUCCUCCCCGGCCAGGCAGCGCUGCCUUUGAGAAGCAGCCCGGUGUUUUGCUCGGGAGGGACGGGCUGUCUGUGUCUUCUCGCGAAGGCUCCCUGGCCCCCCUUCCUCUGGUAGGGCCCAAGGAGGGAGUGAGCAUGACAGUGAGAUGGGGUAUGACCUCGUUCUGCACGAGAAGCGUUUGGACAGCUGUGCACGAUGCGCCGAUCACCUUGCAGCUGGGGAAGAGCAAGGGCUGGAGUGUCUGCAGUGCCCAGGAUUGCACCCGUGGGACAUCCUAACCACUAACCAGAGCGCGAACCCUCUGGUGCUGGGGCUCUGAUUUGCACUAUAUACAAUUGACGUGUGCUAAUGUGAACCUUACGUACUCUUCUUUCCGUGGGAAUGCCGGGAUCAAACACGUCGUCGUGUGGAUGUUACCAAGGUGCCUUGAGCCCUUUUCAGCAACCCGCUGACCUGAGGGUCUGUAUCAGUGCCCACCCCUGUAAUCCCUAAAGCAGGGGGCAGCCCAGCUGUCUUCCAGUCAGCCCCCUGAGCCCACCCCCAGCACCCCCAUGGGCCCCUCUUCUCCAGCUGAGCUCAAC